UUUGUAAAUAAGGAAAAGAAAGAGGAAAGCUCGUCUGUCAGAAUUACAAUUCCGAAUGCUGGGUUGCAAUAAACAAAACUCCACAACAACUAAGCACAGAUCUUAAAGCUGACACUUAACUACACUACACAGAGUCUACUCUCUUCGCCCCAUCUGAGAUCUAACUAAUAAUAAUAAUAAUGCUGGCUCUCUCUCUCUGACGUAAAAACGUAGAAACUAAAAGCUCUGGAUAACUUGCUUACUUACUGCUUAUAGCUUUGCAUCUACUGCACUGCAGCAGAUCUCAUCAUUCUAUUUUCUUUUUUAUUCAUUCUGAUACUCUUAGAGAUGCGGUUUGUUUCCAGCGUAACUAACUAAACUAACUAAAGCGACGAUGAGUAGUAGUGGUGGUAGUAGGAAUAACCAUCAUAGUCUGAGAGACUCUCUUAUCGGAGCCAGGAAUUUUCCGGCCGGAACUGGAUCGUUUUCUCACCGGCGCGGCCAUAGUUUGAACGGAUUCUCGUCUAAAGACACAACAACAGAUGAGAAUUUGGAUCUUUUCUCCAAGAAUCGCCGGAGUCUCUCCGUUGCCUCUUCUGAUGAAUCUUCCGAUGUAUCAAUGAAACUGGGGAGAGUUUCAGUUGGAUCAGCUAAAGUGGCGAAGAGCGGGAUCGAUGAUCUAUUAUCAUCUACAGAUGGAGGGAAGCAUGAUUACGACUGGCUUCUUACUCCUCCUGGAACUCCUCUUUUUCCAACAUCCGACGGCAGCGAUUCACAACCUACAUUGGUGGCGCCAAGAAGCCGUUCCUUGUCUAGAUCAGUUUCUACUACUAAAGCUUCAAGGCUUUCUGUUUCACAAUCAGAGAGCCAACAUUCUUCAAGACCAACUAGAAGCAGUUCAGUGACUCGCUCUUCUAUCUCAAAUUCACAAUAUAGUACCUAUUCAUCAAAUAGAUCCUCUUCAAUCCUAAAUACAAGCUCAGCUUCAGUUUCAUCUUACACCAGACCAUCCUCCCCAAUUACCAGGUCUCCAUCUACAGCACGGCCUUCCACACCAUCUUCCCGUCCAACAGCAUCACGAGCCUCAACUCCAUCUAGAGUUCGCCCAGCCCCUACCAGCUCUUUAGUUGACAAGAAUCGGCAAUCCCAAAGCUCAAGGCCUUCUACACCAAGCUCUAGGGCGCAAUUACCUGCAAACUCAAACUCAACUUCUACUCGAUCAAAUUCUCGUCCAUCUACUCCUACACAACGUAAUCCAGUAUCUUCUGUAUCGCCUGCAUCAGGUCCUUCUAUUUCUGCUGGGCGUGUUCCAUCAAAUGGCCGCAUUUCUGCACCAGCAUCACGACCAAGUUCCCCAGGCCCUCGAAUCCGACCUUCACAGCAGCCAGUUGUUCCUCCUGAUUUUCCCCUUGACACACCUCCAAACCUUAGAACGACUUUGCCGGACAGGCCAAUUUCUGCUGGUAGGUCCAGGCCAGGUGCUUCUACAACAAUAAAGGGGAGCCCAGAAACCACGGGCGCAACAAAUGUGCCAAGACGACAUUCAUCUCCCAUUGUAUCAAGGGGAAGACUUGCAGAGGCUCCUGGAAAGGGUCGUGCGCAUUCUAAUGGACAUGCUGCUGAUAUAUCUGAGCCUCGAAAGGUUUCACAUGUGUCAGAUCCAGGGAUGCGGAAACCUGUUAAGUCAUCAGUAACAACCACAGACAACAAUGGGUUUGGGAGGACAAUAUCUAAGAAGUCUCUGGAUAUGGCUAUCAGGCAUAUGGACAUAAGAACUGGCAAUGGAAGCACUCGGGCACUUUCAAGCACCACUCUUUUCCCUCAGAGCAUUCGAACUGCUACCAAAGCUCAAUCCGUCCGUCCUAUGAAUGCUCCAGAAUCCAACAACAAUGGAGGUAUUUUGGAGAAUGGACACCAUGUGAGCAGGCCUGUAGAAUAUGGAAGUGAAGUAAAUGAUGGACGAUACUCUGCAAAAUUGAGUGAAGUCGACAUCUAUGAAAGCUCCCGUUAUGAUGCAUUAUUACUUAAGGAGGAUCUAAAGAACACGAACUGGUUGCACAGCAUUGAUGAUAAAUCUGAUCAAGGGUCAAUCUUUGACAAUGGAUUUGAGCUGCCUGAACCAUUCACCUCCUUAUAACAUCUGAGAAGUGGAUUUAUUUAUUUUUUGUGAAGAUAUCUGAUUUUUAUUUUUUAUCAUAAAUUUAUUUUUUAAUCCUCUCCAAUUAUUUGUUUACUCGCAAAGAAUGAAAUAUAUCAACUGGUUUUAUCACUAAGAACUGAUAAGGUGAAGAGGCAGCGUGUUUGUUCUGCAAUGAAAUCAAUGAUUUCACUGUUGGCCUUUCUUGUA